AUGGGAUCUGGCAGCUCUGUAAAUGCCAACUACAAGUACUCCCUGCAGAAGUCUGAAAAUGCUUUCAAGGCAGCUGUCUUGAUCCAACAGUGGUAUCGGCGCCACGUUGCUCGGCUGGAAAUGCGCCGACGUUGCACCUGGAGGAUCUUCCAAUCCAUUGAGUACGCAUGUGAGCAGGAUCAGAUCAAGCUUCACAACUUCUUCAGUUACCUCAUGGACCACUUCACGCCGAGCAGCAGUAAAGAGAGGGAUUUUAUCAGUCGCAUGUUCAUAAGUGGGGAAAGCUUCAAAGAGGCAGAGCUGGAAAAAUACUGUGACUACGAAUCCCUGGAGGUGCCAGACUCCUACACUGGACCACGUCUCUCUUUCCCACUCCUCCCUGACCAUGCGACUGCCUUGCUGGAAGCUUUCAAACAGAAACAACAGCUCCACGCUCGCUAUGUCUUAAACCUUCUGCAUGAGACUAGGAAGCACCUCAAGCAGUUGCCAAACAUCAGUCACGUUUCCACCUGCUACAGUGAGGAGGUCACCGUGUGCGGAGACUUGCACGGCCAGCUGGAUGACUUGUUCCUCAUAUUUUACAAGAAUGGCCUUCCGUCCCCUUCCAAGUCCUAUGUGUUCAACGGGGACUUCGUAGACAGAGGCAAACAGUCCCUUGAGAUCCUCAUCAUCCUCUUUACCUUCCUCUUGAUCUACCCAAAGGAGGUUCACCUCAACCGUGGAAACCAUGAGGACCACAUGGUCAACUUACGCUAUGGUUUCACCAAGGAAGUAAUGCAGAAAUACAAGGUGCAUGGAAAGAAAAUCUUGAAGAUGAUUCAGAAUGUCUUCUGCUGGCUUCCCCUGGCCACCUUGAUUGAUCAGAAAGUCCUCAUUAUACACGGGGGCAUCUCUGACACCACUGAUCUGGACAUGCUUGAGAAAAUUCAAAGGAACAAAUUUAUUUCUGUAUUAAGAGGGAAGAAAAGAAAGGAGUUGAAUAGAAAUGUGGAGAUACAGGAAAUAAACGGGGAGAGCAAAGCAGAGGCUGACCCAGCAGGGCCCGAGGCAGUACCCAGCAUAUGUCCGCAGCCCCGGCCGGCGCCGGCCCCCAGCGUGGCCAACAGGCUGGAGUUUUCCAGGUGGGUCCGGCAGACAGUGCAGGAGCAAAUCGAGUGGUGCCGCCGGCUGGUGGACAUCAGCGAGUCGGAGCCGGAGGAGCCCACCUAUUCCAGCGUGGUCUCCUUGACGGACCUGGACGGGCCAUGCUGGACUCGCCAGGAGGAGUGGAAGCAGAUUUUAGACAUUCUCUGGAGUGACCCCAUGCCUCAGGAGGGUUGCAGAGUAAAUACAGUGCGAGGUGGUGGCUGCUACUUUGGGCCUGACGUGACAGCGAAGAUCCUUGCGAAGUACAACUUGCAGUUCCUCAUCCGCUCCCACGAGUGCAAGCAAGAGGGCUACGAGUUCUGUCACAACCGGAAGGUGCUGACCAUAUUUUCAGCCUCAAACUACUAUGAGAUUGGCAGCAACAGGGGAGCCUACGUGAAGCUGGGACCAGACCUCAUCCCCCAUUUUGUUCAGUACCAAGCAAACAAGACAGCCCAUACUCUCACCAUGACCCAAAGAAUCAGCAGAGUAGAGGAGUCGGCCUUUCGAGCCUUGCGGGAAAAGCUCUUUGCUCACACCUCAGCCCUCAUCACCGCCUUCAAGGCCUACGAUACGGACAACACGGGAAGGAUCACGCUGAGCAGCUGGGCGACAGCCGUGGAGUCGGUGCUGCGGCUGGGCUUGCCCUGGCGGAUGCUGCGGCCGCAGCUGGUGCGCAGCGCCGUGGACGGCGUGCUGGAGUACCGGUCCUGGCUCGAAGACUUGGCCAUGGAGCAGCGGAGCCGAGAGCACAUCCAGUCGAGCUUGCUGGAAGUCAUUUAUCGGAACAGAUCCAACCUGGAGACCAUAUUCAGGAUCAUAGACAGAGAUCAUUCAGGUCUCAUCUCAUUUGAAGAAUUCCACCAAACCUGGAAGCUGUUCAGCUCCCACAUGAACAUUGAACUCACGGAUGAGGGCAUCAACGAUUUGGUUCGCAGCAUUGAUUUCAAUAAGGAUGGCAACAUCGACUUCAACGAGUUCCUAGAAGCCUUCCGCCUUGUCAAACAGUCACAGUAG